CUUGACAUUGUCUUGUCAGUUUAUAGAGUUACAUAGUUAAUUUUGUUUGUUUUUAUUAGAAUUAUUGCGAUUGCAUUUGCGUAUUGUAUAAUCAAGCAAAACUCUCCACGACUUUAUGACAUUAUGCUGAAGACAUCAUGACUAUAACGUUCAAUGUUGUGCUAAUAAUUUUCCAAAUACUACUUGUUUUACGCUAUGGCGAAGGUUACAAUCUGUUUGGUGAAGCUGGGCAAGCUUACUCAAUCGAAAUAUACAUUGGUCGUCCAAUACAAAAGCUCAAUGUCAUAGUUGAUACUGGAAGUACCACUCUUGCUAUAGCAUCAUAUCCUCGUCGAGAACAUGAUAAAUAUUUUGAAACCAACAACUCUACAACCUUUGAAGACAGUGGAAUGCAGAUUCAAGCUAAAUACUCACAAGGCAACUGGGUGGGUCGAUUGGUAUCAGAUGUAGUGGAAAUACCUUCUUUAUCUCUACCACAAGUGCGCGCCAAUAUGGCCAUUAUCACAAAAAGUUAUAAAUUCUUUGUUAAUGGAUCUGGCUGGCAGGGAUUACUUGGCUUGGCAUAUUUACCAGUAGGGGCGUGGGGUGACCAUGUGAUUGUGGAAUCAUGGAUGGAUUCCCUAGAUGCAAGGCUGCAAAGACCUACAUCAUUUGAAUUGAAUUUAUGCGGACCACAGAGUGUGACCAAUGUCACUCAUUAUGGAAAUUUAAGGGUAUUAGAUAUUUACAGCGAAAUUGUCUCAGAUAUAAUAUUUCGCACGCCAAUACUGCACAAGCGUUGGUAUGAAGUUGGCGUAUUAUCUAUAAGGGUAUUGACAAAUAAAACAGAGGAACUUAUUGUUAACAAAAAUAUUACCACAGAUGCUCAAAAUUUCGAAGUGGACAUGUGUAGGAAACUUAACCAUCAGAAGAGUAUAGUUGAUAGCGGGACCACUAAUAUUAGAUUGCCCGAUGCAUUAUUUAGACAGGUGGUAGACCAGCUCAAGAAAGUUGUACAAGUAGCUAAUACUCAGUAUCCAUCCAAUAUUAUUUUGGAUAAUUUCUGGGACCAUGCAGAGGCAGCCUGUUGGCCCGAACCUCAGCAGUGGUCCUUGCCUUGGUUGGCUAUAGAUCUUCUUAGUGCUGAAUCUGAUUACCAGUACUACACUCUAGAAAUACCACCACAGAAUUACAUGAGAGUAGCCAGCGCGCACAAUAGCAGCGGUGAAAGCGGUACGGUUUCGGAGUUUUGUUACAAGUUGGGACUCGAAGCCGGCGGACAGGAGACCGUGUUGGGAUACACAGCUAUGGAAGGAUUUGAGCUAUUAUUCAACCGAUCAGCCGGUUGGAUCGGCUUCAAAACAUCGGACUGUGGUCCUAAAACGCGGAUUACUGGACCUUACAAUGUCACACAUUCUAUAACUUCUUCCUGCCAACUAAUAACGCCUAAAACUGAUAUGGCAAUAUCUAUAAAAGCCGCCCAAUGGGCCUUAUGUGUCAUAUCCAUCGUUGCAGCAACAGUUUUGAUAUAUUUACUAGCACCGUGCAUAAAAAUGUUACUAGUGAAACCUCUGCCUAGGUCCACGCAAAUUUCUAUGUCGCAAACGGCUUUGGUCGAUCAGGAUAUAACGUAAAAUUGAAAUGAUUACAUACAAGUUUAUGUACUGCGGUAAUUAAAAAAUAACAUAAAUUAUGCGAUUCUUUCAUAACGCAAGAUGUUAGUAAGAUUCGAUAUAUUUACCGGCCAAUAAAAACUGAUCAUUCGUUAUAGUUUGUUGUGAUUGGCUUAAUAGUGGAAAUUUUAAAUUUAGUCAUCUACCUAUUCGAGGUGUAGGUGUAGUAGUAUUAAGAAGGAGAUUUUAUUAAACAGUUGACAAAAUUGUAGAAUUACAAUAUCGAUAAAUAUUCAUAAAAAUUAUUAAUUCUGAUAGAAAUGAAAUCUUUAUCAAAAACCAUGCAGCCGUACUUACUUUAAUGAAGUCAAAUGUGACCAUUGUAAAAAAUUUGGAGGGUCAAAAUUCUGAUGGCAGAUUAUUUCAAUGUGAAUAAUGUGAAGUAGUGUUCUUAAGUCUUGCGUCUACGAAAAAAAUAUUUUGGAAAAAAAUUGGCAUCUCUCAUUAUUAGUAAUACUUACAGUUAUAGAAGCUUGAUAAAAAAUAUAAAAAGAACAUCCUUUACAGAACAAUCAUUACGUGUUACUGUAUUUUUACAAACUCAACAAAAUUAAACCGAAUUUAUAUCUUUCGAAUUUCUAGAAGACAUUAUUGGAAAUACAAGGAAAUGUAUUAAUUUUAUAUUAUAGACAAUCAUGAAAGUAUUAUCGACGUGACGUUCUUAUGAAUUUUAAGUUCUUCCAAUAAUUCACGAAUUUUUUUAAGCCAGUAUUAUUACUUAGUAUAAUAACAAAAACAUGGUUUUCAGUCUUAGUGUGAAUUGGAUCAUAGGUUUGGUAACAUCAAACUUUAGCGGUAAUAAAUAAUACUUUUCAUAAAAUCAUCACUAAUAGAAUAUAUAAAUCGCCUGAUUCGUUUGGUUACAUUAGCUCUUAACUAACCUAUUUUAGUUAGUUUUCUAGGUAUUAUUAAUUAUAACUGCUGCAUUUAUGAGUCUCAUUUACGAGCAUACAAUUAGUCAUAUAUUCUAUAGAUUAUUGUAAGUCGUACUUAUUUUUAAUAUAUUGCCACCUAUGUCUUUCUAUAAAGAUCGUGAAAGUAUAUUGGAUAAUACAAGUUAAAAUUCAAAUAAACAAUAAUAGACUAACAGGUGGGAAUUCAAAGAAAUAGUUUGGAUUAAAACUUUCCAGGCAACGCAAGAUUGCCAUAAAAAUGUUGUUCGUUUCUAUGAGUAUUUAAUAGGUUUUUGAAUCUCAUAGGAGCGAUUAAAAUUAUUUUUUUUUUUCUUAAAUGGUAACAAAGGACAACACAACACUGUGUUCGCUUUUGUUUCUAUAAAAGAAAGUUUUCAAAUAUGAUUAGUUAUAGAAUUAGGUAUAUCUAUUUCUUGCAACUAGGUUGUGACGUAGGAUUUGAAAAGGGUGUUUAAUUAUUUGCAAAUGUGUGUGUGUUUUCAUAACGUAAUGAGACAGUAUAACAGAUAACUUUAUUACUUGUAUUAAUUUAGAAUAUAGUAUUAACAAUAAAAGUGCAAUAUCAAAAUUUACAAAUAAAAUUUGUUCAACGUACCUAUUGAUUUUUGCUGAAAGCCUUACGAUAGAAAUGUAAAAUAUCACUAUCAGUAGUGUGACCGAUUUGCGUUUUAAGAAAUAUCAUUAUGUUACGUAGGAGUACAUACGGUUUUAAAACUUUACAAAAAUUUGCAAAUUGAGCGUCGAAUUAAGCGCCAUCUACAAAAGAAUACAGGUUUUCGGCUUCCACGGGAACUGUAGUUUUACUGGGAUAAAAAGUACCUAAUAUAGGGUACUUCAACGUUUCAACGUUCAAUUACGUUGUUCAGUAGAUAACGCGUGAAAAGAAAACAAACCAACAAAUAAACUUACUUACAUAUUUACGAGUAUAAUAUUAGUAUGGAUAUUCCGAUUUCAAUGGAAUGGAUACUAUGUUAGGUGAUAAGUGCGAUUCAGUCAUAGUUUGGUAGUUUGCAUAGUAUUAAGCCUUUCGCAUUGUCUUCAUGCAUAUUUUUUUAAUUACGAGUGAGUGCUUUGUAAUAGAUUUUUUUUAAAGAACGUGUUUCUGAGUCUUAAUCUAAUCUUUGUAGAAUCAAAUAACUUUUCAUAGUUUUUUGAAAAUAAAAAGUAUUCAUAAAUCCGUAUAAAUCGCAAAAUGUAAUUAGCAUUAACUGGUGUCUAUUUUUACCCAUCUUCGAAGUAGACAAAUUUUUAAAAAUCAAAUUUGUUUGUACAUUUGUGCCGUUAAGUAAAGCACAAAAAGAAUGGUCUUUAGUUUUUGUUUAAUAUAACUUUGUUCCUUACAUUAGCCUAAUGUUUAAUUUAACCGGACGGAAAGAAAUAUGCAGCUUUCAUAGAAUAAAAAUAAGCUGUGCUACUUUUUAUUAUAUUUAUCAUAGUUUGCAUUAAGGUAUACUUGUGCAGCUUUUCGCCAAUAACAAGUAAAUUUUUUUCAAGUAAUGAUUUAAUGCAGGUGCGUUUUAUAUUAGAAUGUAAUUCCAGUAUUAUACAUUUAUUUAAGAGUCCCACGUGUGUGGAUCAUGGGACGAUUCUCUUCGUCCAUUAAUACAAAGUCAAGCCAAUGCCCCAGCAAUAUUAAUAAUUGUUAGGGGAGAAAAAUAUAUAUCGCAAGUAAAGGGCUAAAACAUUUUAUAUUAGAUGAUAUACAUGGUAACUAAGAUAAACAACAUUUUGCAAUACAAUCCAAAUACAAAUAUAACAAAGAACAUUCUAUAAAAGUACGAAGGUGCAAUACCUAUUUAACAAUAAUAAGAAUUUUUUUUGCUAUAUGAGUGAAUUGAAACUAAUUUUUCCUUUACAUACUUUCACAAUAUUACUUACAAAAAAGUGUAAUGCUGGCUGAUAUUAAAAGUGUGAUAAAUAAAAUUAUACAAGAACUAAUUACGUAGCUGCGUUUUAAUCUAAUACGUCUAACACAUAAAAUGACCAAUCGAUUGAGAAUUCUUAUGGAAAUCUAUAUUUACAUUAAAA